AUGACAGGCCAGAUUGUAAAUUUUACAACAGUUUUAUUGAAGGGAUAUUAUUUCAAAUUGUUGGCAGCAAAUGAAAAUCAUGUCCUGUACCCAAACAUGCCACAAUAUCUGUCACUCCCGUCCCUCAUCUUUGUGGACAUGACUCCUGAGGAAGCGAUUUUAUUUGAUAAUAUUAUUGGGCAUAACAUUAGCAAGCUCUCUCACAAAGACAUGGUGAAACUGUUUCACUCGUUGAAACCAGAAGAAAUAGACGUACAGUCCAGCAGGUGUGAAAAUACCAAAGUUUGGCGAUUUAAGUGCCAACAACAUCUUCCUCCUGGCUGUGAUAUAUCUAGCUACCAGUCACUUUUUUGGAUUGCUUCCGCCAGUGAGGCUGUAUAUAGUCAAUGCUUAUUGAUAUUUGAACUUCAUGGAGAAGGAAAAUUAAAAAACCAGAGACUGAAGAAACACGAAUCUAUUAUGAGACCCACUUUAAAUGUGACGAGGCCCUGGAGAGCCUUAAUGACUCUGCCAGAGGAGACAACUCUGGAGCUCCUUUCUAAGGUCACUAACUUGGAGUAUGAUCUUGAUGGAAUGACAAAGGAAGCUGAGUACUUAAAGGGUACACUGAACAUUCAGUUUGUUGUGUGCAAACUUUCCAAAAUGCCUUGGGAGAAGACACUCGCACAGUUCUGGACCAGUGAACAGGAAGCCAAGGAAGAACUCAGCCAGUUUAUAGGAGAUGUUAAAAGAGGAGUUCCUGGGGAUAGACUGCGUAGCUUUGUUGAACACAAGCUUCAAGACCAGAACUACAAAACAAAGCCCCUUGUAUUUCAAGAGGAUCCCUUGGCUUUCCUUCAGGCGGGGAAACUGGAGACGCCUGUAGAUAUUUCCAUUUUUAAUGAAGAAACACCUGACUGGCAACCCCUCCUAAGGAUAUGUAUGGACCUUCCUUUGCUGCAUGAAAAUCACACCUUUAUAUUAACAACGUCAUGGAAUAGUGUCAGUGAUACAAAGAAAGGAUUAGAAUUGAUGUACCCUAAUAAGAGUUCAACAGUUGUUGUAUUUUACAACAAGAAGACUAACUUCACCCAGCCUUUUGUAUGCCUACUUUCAAAUAAGGCUGGCAUGAAGGGGCUACCUGAAUUAGUUGAAGCAAUAUCAAAGCCCUUGUUCUUUGAGAAAAUUUUGGCCCAUUUGAUUACGAGAAAUGGCAAUCUGGUAGUUUUCCACUGUGGAAAAGGAGAAGCACUGCAGGCAGGAAGGAAAAAGGGCCUGAAUGUUGUUGGGAUUGAUGCGAGAAAUGAAAUGGUCCGAUCCUGUAAUAAAUUAUUAUGUUAA